GGGCUUACCUUUCAAUGUACAAACAAGUUCCCAACUCCAUGAAAGCGGCGUCCGUUGAGUACUGCAGAUCUCGCGUGGAUCCCGAUGACCAGGGUGACCUGCCAGAUCGGCUGAUGCCUCUUUCCAGACUCAUGGGGAAGUUGUUGCGGUACAAACCAGAUUAUUUUCGCCGGAUGGGUGUCGUCAUGGACGCCGACGGCUGGGUGCCCCUGACCGAGCUCCUCUCGCUCGACGACUUUGUGGACUUCGCGGCUGCGGAUGUUCGUGAGGUGGUCAAGGAGAGCUACUCCAAAGACCAGCCACGGUUUGAGUGCCGCGAGCAAGGUGUGGAGAUUGCAAUGCGGCCACCUGGGUUGUUUCAAGUUCAAUCUGUUGACAACAACUGCCAAAUGAACAGCGGCCGCCUUGAAAUUCGAGCCCUGCACAAACGCGCAGCUGUGCGCUUUUCAAAAGGAAAUCGAAUGGAGUGGCGAAAACGGGCAUCUAGCCCUGAGCCUCCAUUGGUGGAAAGCCCCUUCGAGGAGGCCAUUCCAGUGCCUGCCAAGAGAAACAAGAUGCGAGGUGCUGUUGCGUCCGCGACCGAGCACUUCGACAUCAGUGAGGAAUGCACCAAGGAUGAUCCGGGCGACUUGCCUGAUGGUUUGUCAAGCAGUCACGUGGAGUGGGUGAGGUUUGAGCUCUCAGAGGGCGUCUUUGCCUGGUGGUGCACAAGAGACGAUGGCUCUGAAGACGGCUUUGUUGAGAUGAAUCCGGAGCCUUGGAGCUUGGUCACGCCCACACAGGUGCAAGAGUUGGAGCGACCAUGCUGGAUCAACGGAGAAGAUGGAGAGUACUUCUUCAUCAGCCCGCAGGAUACACCAGACGAGAGCGAACACAGAUGAUGGCGAACACAGAUGUGCUUGGCAAAAAGAGCUGGUUGAAGCCAGUUGGACCGUUGAGCUGCUGAGUUCUUUCGGCACCAAUGUGGACUGAAGGAGGCCCUGCCAUGUCCGAAGAAGGUG